UUAUCUACUUAAAUUUAGAGAUGUCGAGAAAUCAAAUAGUUGGUGUUGGCAUGGAUUACUCUCCGAUGAGCAAAUUGGCGGUCCGAUGGGCAGUUGAGAACUUUGUCAAUAUCGGUGAUCGUUUUGUUGUGAUUCAUGUUUCUUCUAAGUUUGAUCAUCCUCAAAAGAAUUUGUGGGAGAACUCCGGUUCACCAUUGAUACCCCUUGAUGAAUUUAAGGAGAUGAACGUGUCAAAACAUUAUGGGGUGAACAAGGAUCAAGAGAUUUUGGAUAUGUUGGACACUGCCUCCAAGACUAGAAAGGUGAUAGUGUUUUUCAAGAUAUAUUGGGGGGAUCCAAGGCUUAAGCUCUGUGAAGCAGUGGAGGAUCUCAAGCUGAACUCUCUUGUAGUUGGUAGUAGGGGUUUAGGUGUGCUCAAAAGGGUUUUAUUAGGGAGUGUCAGCGAUUACAUAGUCACACAUGCAACUUGCCCGGUGACAGUGGUUAAAGGAUCUUUGAAGUUGAAAUCCUAAAUUUUGUAUUUGAGAGUAUAAAACUUUUAUACAAAGUGAUGUAGUUAUAUGAAAAUAGUACAAGCUGAUGUAGGUAUGUAUAAAAUAAAUGCAAUAAAAGACUAUCUAGUCAUGAAUAGCCAAUGAUUGUUUUAAGAAAACCAUAUAUGAUAAAAGCUUGCGUGCAAGUUUAAUAAGCAUACAUACGAUAUGAU